AUGGUGUUGGCGUGGAGAACGGCAGCCAUCUGGCUGCUGGUUCUAGUCGCCGACGUCAGGCCUCAGACGGCUCGAGCUCAAGCUGAUCUCAUCGCCAACGGCCUUCCCGGCACAACUUUCCAGGUGGGUGUUUUCCAAGAGUUCCCUACAGCUCUCAGUUUUCUUCUUUGCGGAAAGCAAAAAAUAUUUUUUUCGAAAAUAAAGUUUUUUCAGAACCAUCAAAAGAAAAAUAUCAAGAAAAAAGUUUCUAUAGAAGUGUUCAAUCAUUUUUUUCGCAUCCAACUUUUCAUCCGUACUUCUUAUUUUUCAGCAAUCAUUCAAACAAUAUGCCGGAUAUUUGAAAUCGAAUCCUCAACUAACAACACCUGAUCUCCAUUACUGGCAAGUUUUCUUUUUUCAGAAGUUAAACUGAAAUUUACGAUAAACUUCAAAAUCUCAAAGAUGCGCAAAUUUGGGUUUUUGAAAAUCAAUUUUAUAAAAAAACUUGUCAAAACGAGAUAUGAAUAAUUUUCAGGUACAUCGAAUCUCAAAACAACCCCAGCACUGACCCUCUGAUCGUGUUUCUCAACGGUGGUCCAGGAUGCAGUUCUGUGUUCGGAAUGUUGGAAGAGAUCGGCCCAUUCCGUGUGAAUGCCGAUACCCAAACUCUCUACGAGAACGUCUUUGCGUGGAACAAGGUACUUUUUCUCCUUGUCCAAAAUUUUGAAUUGCGUCAGAUCUUUAUUGCUUCUCACUUUCAACCGUCCUUCUGAUAGCGUUUACAACUUUGACGCCACAGUUCAUAACUUUAUCAGAAAGACAAUAAAGUGAUUAAGAACAGGAUAGAAAAAAAAAAUACUCGGAAAGUCGAACUCUUUUGCUUUAUAGAUCUCGAACUUGUUGGUGAUUGAUGCACCCGGCGUCGGAUAUUCAAUGCCAAAUCAAGGUGUUCAAAACGAUGAUAAUGUAAGAAUUUUUAAAAAAAUUUUUUUCAUGAAAUCGGCUCAUUGAAGGUCGCCACUGCAAUCUUGAAUGCUGUCGUUGACUUUUUUGGAGUCUUUCCAAUGCUUCUGGCAAAUGACGUUUACUUUGGAGGAGAAGGAUAUGCUUCCUUUUUUGUUACAAAUAUUUCCUACAAGCUUCUUGUCAACCCACAAGGAGCUGUUCUGCCAAGCCCCAUCAAAAUUCGAGUUUGAACACUUGAUGAAAUUUGUUAUGUGAUAUAAAAACCGUUUAGGGACUCAUGAUUGGAAACGGCGUUUUGAGCGCAAAACAUCAAUACAAUUCUUUCAUUCCAUAUACUUACACUCAUGGUUUUGCUGGAAAAGAGUGGGUUUUGGCUGAUGGAAAUAUCUAACAACUGUUUUCAGUCAAUGGGACGCUUUGCGAAAAGUUUGCUGCCCAGGGCAAUCGACUCUUGGCUGUGAUUUCUACGGGAGCCAAGAUCAAAAUUGUCGUGCGAAGGCCGAUAACGCUGUCAAAAAUUGGAUCUUCAGCUCGUAAGUUUUAAACUUCAGGAAAUCAGAGUAGCAAUUGUUUUCAGAAUCGAUCAGUAUAAUGUCUACCAAGAUUGCUACCGCACCCUCAUUGUUCUGAAUGCAACUGCCACCGCAAUGGGCUUGAAGGUAACUUGUACUUACUUAACAUAUGCAGGGGUGGGCAUAAAUAUUGCACGGCCUUUAUAACUCCGUUACUAUCAAGUGGAACGGAUUCAGACAAGAUUGUCUGAAAUUUUUUAUCGGCGAAGUAUCCAAGUUAGCACUAAUAAUUCAACUUUCGCUCCGAUUUUCAUUGGCCUCACUGAGCGCCUUGACUCUCUUGAAAAAAUAUUCGACUUUUGGACACAGAUCGAUCUUGUCAUCCAUUCUUGAUGAUGGAGACCAUCAGCAGGUCCCGGUUGAAAUAGAGUUUUGUCCAGGCGUUCAACUUCAAAUAUAAAUAUGCAGAAUUGUCAAGGGGUUCGAAUCUGGUGAGUAGCCGGUCCAUUCCUUGACCGUGUUAAAAUCGGGCAGAUUGAACUCGCACGAGUCGUGCUCAGCUCGGGACUUAAAGCUUGACCUAAAAUCUUGGUGGAAGAAGCAGCGACGGUUCGCAAAGUGGAAAACAAAAAAAAACAGAUUGAAAUUCCAUUGGCAAAAAAGAAAGUUGGAAUGAUCGAAAAGUCCGUGCAAUAUUUUUGCACACCCCUGUAAUUACUUUUAGGACGUUGUCAACUACAACUCAACAGACUCCUUGAACGGAUAUCCUUGCCGAUCGUUCAGCUCCACGCAAAUUUAUCUUUCGAGACAAGAUGUCCGCCAAGCGCUCCAUGUCCGACCAGAUAUCACUACCACCUACAGAUCUUGCAUGUUUCUUACAUUCUGCUUCUGAUCGAAACCGAAGCGCUUCAGAAAUGUUAAUUUCCCACAGUUGUCAAACGACCUCUAUCUGCCGAUAACGUCGCUUAUGACCCUACAAGGAUACGAAACCAGAAAAUUCAAGGUUUCAUGUAACUGUGAAAAGUAAACUUAUAUGGAAAGUUCAGAUCUUGAUUUACAACGGAGAUUUGGAUGCGACAAACAACUUCAUCGGGGCACAGAAAUUUGGCCAGCAAGUUGCUGCUGGGCUGAAUUUGAAUGUACCCUGUGAAAGAAAAAAAUACCGAAAAUAAUAUUUUUAAGCAAACUGAUGAACGCAAAUGGCUGGCUAAUUAUAAUUCGGCAGCGUUCAAAUGGAUGGACGGUGGAAUGGUGACCAGAUACAGCAGUCGCUUCGACAUUCUCUCAAUUCUGGUGAGAUUUUUUUGGAAUAACUUUUUUGCAACGCGAGCUUUGCUUUGAAAAUUUUAAUUCCUUUUGCAGGGGGCCGGUCAUUUCGCCCCUCAGAGUCGUCCUGCUCAAACUCUGCAAGUGAUCCGAGACUUCGUUCUCGAGUUCUUCUAUAACAACUGCCUUGGAAAAGUUAACAUUGCCGCCGCUCCGCUGCUCCAGCAAUAUCAGCAACCGGCCACUGCAGCCGCUCGAAAAGCCGCCGAUAAGGUUGGUUGGCAGCAGUCGUAAAAACGAAUUUUUUUUUAAUCAAUUUUCGACAAUUUCAUGACAAAUAUGUAUACCAAAAAAUCUUCAUAGCAUGAUCAGAGAGAGAGAGAGAGAGAGAGUAGUGUUUGACUUUUUCUUGCAAAGAAAAAUUGGAAAGCCUGUUCAGCUUCAAAAACUAUCAAACUCAUUCCUGUGAAAAAUUCAUUUCCUAUCAUUCUUUUUAUUAGAGUUUUGCAGAUCAUCAGUCUUCCUGGAUUAACUUUCCAAAUCAACUUCAAUCAUUAUUCUGGAUACCUUAACGCUUCGAAUACGCACAAAUUCCAUUAUUGGUAGGAUACUAAUGUUUUUUUUUUUAAAACCAUAGUAACUGAAAGGUACGUCGAAAGUCAAAAUGAUCCAGCCAAUGACCCUAUCCUUCUAUGGUUAAAUGGUGGCCCUGGCAGCUCUUCUCUUUGGGGAAUGUUCACGGAGAACGGUCCAUUCAGACCGAACUCUGAUGGGCAAACUCUUUACGAAAAUAUUCAUUCAUGGAACAGAGUAAGCUGAAAAAUAAGGACGCAAAGAAACGUCGUAUGGUUUAGUUUGCCAACGUUUUGUACUUGGAAUCACCUCACCAAGUUGGAUUUUCGUACUCUACUGUAUCCAAUGACAACACUUACAACGAUGAUUUAGUGGGUGAAUUAAAACGACAUCAAUCUUCGAAGAACCAUUUCAGACAGCCAGUGACAACUACGGAGCGCUCAAAGACUUUUUCUUGAACAUUUUCCCAGAAAAGCUGAACACUCCGUUUUACAUAACCGGAGAAUCAUACGGUGGAGUUUACAUUCCGACUUUGUCAAAGCUGCUCAUUGAUAAAAUAAACACUGGCGACAUCAACUUGAACUUCAAGGUAUUUCCUCUCAAAGUCAGGUUUUCAUAAGCAAGUUAAGGGAAUUGCUAUCGGCAACGGCGAGCUCACGACGAGGCUUCAGGUCAACUCGGUCAUCUUCCAACUUUACACCUACGGAUUGGUCGGAGAAAUGUGAGUUUCAUCAUCGAUGCUCUCAAAAAGGCGAGCUUUUUCCUCGAAAAGCCUAUCUUGUUUACGAUAGCUGUAUUUUGACAAAAUGUGUUGCAAAAUAAUGUCUCGUUACAAGGAAUUUUAAAGGCCUUAGAUUGAACAUUCUUUUUUGCUUUAUUUUUUAUACGCUUUCAAACUAUUCAGGCAAUACAACGAACUAGUUUCCCGCUGUUGCCAAGCCAAUAUUACGGACCCAACUCAAUGCGACUUCUACACGCCUUACAUUUACUUUGAUAAUCUCGGGAAUUACCAGCCAGUUGCCGGUGCCGAUCAAUUUUGCGUUAAAACGGUGUGAUGAUUUUUUACUGACAAUUAAAUUUUUAUUUUAGGUUUUGAGCAUUGCAAACGACAUGGUUUGGCUUUCUCAAAAUGAUCCUUAUAACAUCUACCAAGAUUGUUAUGCCGUUUCUGGCUCAAGUAGCACAAGCUCUCGAAACCCUGCAAGUGCGAGCAGCAACGCUUUCCUCGACAUUGGAGUUAGUUUUCCCAUUCGAAACAAUGAAAAUGCCAUGUUAUAACCGUUUUUUUCGAAGUUAUCGAGCUUAAAAUUGUGAUGGUCUUUUUGAUAUCAAACAAAAAUUUAUCACAAAAGGCUAAUUUUGCGCAUCAUUUUUCAAUCAAAAACUCUCUCGAGUGUUAUGAAAAAUACGAAAAAAAUUAACGUCGAGAGAAUAUGUUAAAAAAGCACAACAACCAAAAAAAAAACAAAUACGUUUAAUACUUAGAGCACCAAUUCCGCUAUAUUUUUUCGCGCGCAAAUUCAAAUUUUUUUUUAUCUUAUCAAAUCAUUUUUACUUUGAUUAUAAAAGUUUGACCUUAUGUGUUCAAUCAAAAUGAUUUUAUUUAGUCGGUGAUCAACAAAGACUCCUCUGAUCCAUUCAAUGGGUUCCCGUGCUGGGGAGAUGCAGCAACGACGGUUUACUUCAAUCGAAAGGACGUCCGCCAGGCUCUACAUAUCCCCGACUCCGUACAACCAUGGGCUCAGUACAAGUAGAAAAUGGAAAAACGUAUGAAAGUUUAUCAUUGGAAUUUUAUAGCGACCAGAUCAACACGCAACUCUACAAGCGCAGUUAUUUCGAAAUGGGUGAUACGUUAAGAUCAAUUCUUGGAAGCUACUUUUACAACGUGAGUAUUUUUAGAAAAGAAAGUUUUCAAAAAAAUGGCUACAGGUGAACGGCAUGAAACUUUUGAUUUAUAACGGAGACACGGAUAUGGUUUGCAAUCACUUGGGAGAUCAAUGGCUUAUUGAGCAAUUAGCCGCAAACAUGUCUCUUCAAGUAUGAUGGAAAAAUAGAUCGAACAUCAAACUUUUAAAAUUCCAGACAACUCAGAGCCGCAGUCCAUGGUUCUACACCAUCGCAGGUACCGAUCACUCUGCACAACACUCCGGAUUUUUCAAGGUGCUACUGAAAAAAAAGAAGCCAAUAAUAUCAUUUUUCAGACAUUUGACAAAAACCUUUGGUUGGUAACAGUAAAAGGAUCGGGUCACUUGGUUCCUCAAGACCGUCCUGGUCCAGCAUUGCAAAUGAUUUACAACUUUGUCAAAGUGAGAUUUUUCUAUUGCAUUCUACGGUAUUCAAAAAAACGCUCUGAAGGAGAGUUCAAUAAUAGUAAGAAAAUUUUUUCUCUUCUGCGUUUCAGUUGUUACACGAAAUUGAAAAUCUCGUUAUAUACAACUCAUCGAUAGUUGAUGCCCAAGUUAAAAGAUUUUAUAGGGAGAGUCAGGAAGGAGUGAACUCUUUUGUAAUUUGAAGUCAGAAGACGUCAAAUUUUACCUCUUUUUCACCAAAAAAAGAUUUUGAUUGAGAUUUGAAUUCAUUACUAAUCAUUGAAGGGCAUUGCGUUGAACACUACGUAUCCGACGUUCUUAAAACCAGCGGCUCUUGUUCCAUCUUACACAACAAUCGGAUCUUGUGGAGCUGAACAGUACCCGGAUUCGCAAACGAUGCCAACUUUGCCGCCUUUCCCGCCCCUCCCACCUGGUGUCACCAUUCCUUUCGCUGCCAAGAAAGACGACGAGAAAGAGAACCGUCGUGAAAAACGUUCUGUCAAGCCCGACUUCUUCCUCAAUACCAACCCCAACGUUCCAACAAACCUCACUCAAGCCGCGCUGAACGACCUGAUUCUAACUCUUCCUGGAAUCACUUUCAACGUUUCUUUCCGUAUGUUCUCUGGAUACCUGACUCCUGAUGAGCGUCCACUCAACCAUCUGUUCUAUUGGUAGCUGUAAUUGAACGUUAGUCAACUUUUCAAUGUGUCUUCAGGUUUGUUGAAUCUCAAAACGAUCCGGUCAACGACCCUGUUGUUCUUUGGCUGAACGGUGGACCUGGCUGCAGCUCAUUAGGUAAACUCUAUUCUUAUCUAUGUGUUUCUGAUUUUAUGAGAAGGCUUCUAAUGAUAGAAAAAAUUCAGGAGGCUUUUUCCAAGAACUCGGACCUUUCCACCCAAACGAUGAUGAUGGUCAAACAAUUUAUGAGAACGUUUAUUCCUGGAAUAAAGUAGAGAGUUUUUAUAACCUUUAGCUGUUUUUUUUUCCAGAAAGCAAACGUCAUUUUCCUUGAAGCACCUGUCUAUGUUGGAUUCUCCUACACAGAUGAUAAGAACUACGUUUGGAACGACGACACGGUUCAUAUUAGACAAUCUGGAAAAGUGAAAAACUUUUUUUCUAGACUGCCGACAACAACGCAUACGCCAUCAAAACUUUCUUCCAAAGAAACUUCCCACAAUACGCUCAGAAUGAAUUUUUUGUCACUGGUGAAAGCUAUGGUGGAGUGUACUGUCCGACGUUGACGCUCAACCUCAUUAAUUUUAUUGAUGGCGGCCUUUUGAAUCUCAACUUCAAAGUAAUAGAACCUUAUGUUUUCUCCUCAGAUGUGGGAAUUCAGGGAACAGCCGUUGGAAACGGAAUUCUCAGUGAAUACUUGCAAACAAAUUCUGAAAUGGCGUUGCAAUAUGGAAGAGCUUUGAAUGGCUUGGAGUAAGUGGCAAAAUUUUGAAUAUCAUGAUUUUUCCGAGUCAUACUUUAUCAAGAAAAUUGGUUUUCCAAUGUGAAUCUAUUCUGGAUCUUUCUUUAUCAGAAAAGUCAGUGAUUAUCAACUAUCAAUAAAAUCGAUGAAGGCGGGAGCUUUGGUUUAAAAUUUGUUUAAAACCCUUAGAAGGUGUUUCAACUUCUGAGAAAAUAACUUGAAAGGUAGAUACAGUUUCAAAACCAAAUUCAAAUUAUAUUCAGAAACAAAUUUUUGUUUUUAUCUUCUUUUUCUAAACUUUCACAGAAAAUUGUGAAUUUACAAGUUUUUAGUGACUGGAACACAAUGAAAAAUGCUUGCAACAUGAAUGGUCCAAAUGCUCCUAAUCCAAUUUACUUCGAUUACUCGAGUGCUCCCGAAAAUUCAACGUGCGGAAAGUAUGUCGAUCGAAAUCAAGACUACUACUACGGCUACCUUUACAACUUUUGGUAGGAGCUCAAAUUAGAUUAUAUUUCUGAAUGUCAAUUUUCGCAGGGGAGAUCCGUACAAUAUCUACCAAGAUUGCUAUCUGAUGUACGACACUGUUCCUCCUCCUCCUUCGAAGACUUCUUUCCGUAAAAUCAACGGCCGACCUUCCAGAAGAGCCAUUGCAGCAGAAGCUCUGCGAAGAAAGAGCCAGCGAGUUUCUGCCAGCUCUUCUCAGCCCAAGUUCGUCAACAAUUAUGUAAGUCUGAAAAGUUAUAAUUUUCAAGGAGACUUUCUCCAAUAAUGUUCUAACCCGUUUUGUUGUUUUCAAAAGAAAAUUCUGGUGUGACAUCCAUAGGAAUAAUUUUUUCUCGAAAGGCUUUUGAAAAAAAUUAAAUUAACAAUUUUAAUGAGUUCAAAAAAACAAAAUCAAGCAUUUUCGUUUCGAAAAUAAACAAAGAAAAACGGCAAGAGUAUUUUUUUAAUUGGAUUGGGCGCAGACUGGUUCUGCGCCAUUUGGUUUAGGAUAAGUUGAAAAAAAUGAGCGUUAUGGUAGAAUUUUCUCUAAAUCAAUUUUUCUUUGAUUCUACGCUUCUGUUAGUUUUUUUUGUAAAAAGUUUUUGUAUUGUUCAAGGAAAAUGAUUUGAACCUAUACUGAAUUUUCAAGUACAGCGUAAACGUUUUCUUUCGAUAGUUUUGCUACCGAGAAACACUCACGGAUCGAAUAAAUUGAAGCUUAUUUCUUUUAUCAAUACGUCAAUCUGGGCAAAAUACGAGUUAGUAGGACACUCUUCUGAACGGCAUUCAUUGCAAUAAAGCGUGUAUUUUUUCAGGACAAAUCUUGGUAUGGCUCAACGGACGCCUUCCGGGGGCUCAUGUGCUUCAGUGACAGUGCCAUGCGUAGAUAUCUCCGUCGAAAUGACGUCCAGCAAGCGAUUCAUGCUAAAAGCACACCAAGAUGGAGCGAUUGCGUUGAGUAUGUUUUUUCCUUUCUUUUCGUUUCCACUCUUUUCAAAGUGGGAAAAUUGAAACAUUUUUUAAACAUUUUUCAGUAAUCCGAGGUGGGACUACGAGACUCAAGAAAAAUACUACGACAUGAGUGAUACCAUCAAUGCCAUCAUGGACUCGAAAUGGUACUACUUUUCAAUAUUCGUCAUCCAUUUUUUUUCAGGUAUACUUCGAAUACCAUGCGUUUAUUGUUCUACAAUGGAGACGUUGACACCAUCUGCCAAUUCCUCGGCGACCAGUGGCUGAUUGAAAAUGUCGUCCAACAGAGAAACCUCAGCGUGAGCUUUUAAAAUUGUUUAUUUUCGUUGAACCAAUAUUUUAAGAUUGUUUACGACCGACAACCAUGGACCUACCAAAAAUCCUCACAAUAUCAAAUAACAAUCGCUGGUUAUGCCAAAAGAUGGACGCAAAACUUGGCCCAAAUUACUGUGAAGGUUUUUUUGUUCACAAUAUUUUGGGUGAAAGUUUUGAUUUCCAGGGUUCUGGCCACUUUGUCCCUGCAGAUCGCCCGGCACAAGCUCUUCAGAUGCUCAUCAAUUUCGUGAGCAACCAACAAAAUUUUAGUGUUCCUGCAAAUGUGAGGAAAUCGUUGAAAAUCAAAUUGUAUGCUCUCUUCAGGUCGAUGUAACGCCUUCUACACUUUUCCCAACUUAUCAGACCCCUACUAACAACUGCACUCGCUCGGUGAGAUUCAGUCAUAAGCCAUCUGUCAAUCAAUGAUUUCAGCAAUCAGAUCGUAUUCUGGGACUUCCCGGACUUGCCCAAGAUUUGCAAUUCCGUCAAUACUCCGGUUUCCUCGAUGGCUUGCCAAACCACAAAAUUCAUUAUUGGUUUGUUAAUUUUUUAUAAUUUUCAAUCUUUUGCUUUCUAGGCUGGUAGAAUCAGAGAGAGAUCCGACUUCCGAUCCACUAAUUUUGUGGCUCAAUGGAGGACCAGGUUCGAGUUCUCUCAUGGGUCUUUUCGAAGAGAAUGGUCCCUUCCGCGUUUCAAAAGAUGGUCAGAGACUCACCAGGAAUCCGUACGCUUGGAAUCAGGUUAAUUAACAACGUUUUUCUUCCAUAGUUUUUUGAGCUUAGUUUGCGAAUGUACUGUACAUCUCUUCCCCUGUCGGUGUCGGUUAUUCAUACUCUACUGACGGAAGCGCACCAACUUAUAACGAUAAUGCGGUAAUUCUUGAAUUUUAGUUCUCUCAUAUUAUUUUCUCAAAGGAUUACAGACAGCUGCUGAGAACUACGCGGCACUGAAAAACUUCUUCGCGCUCUACCCUCAAUACACUACGAGCAGAUUUUAUGCUACUGGAGAGUCAUAUGCAGGAGUCUACCUCCCAACUCUCGUAAACCUUAUCGUGCAAGGAAUCGCAUCUGGUGAUUUGAACAUCAAUUUCAGAGUGAGCGAAAUGAAGGAAAGAAAAGAUUCCAUUUAAAUUUUCCUUAGGGCAUGGCUAUAGGAAAUGGAGUUCUUGACAAAAACGCUGACACAAACUCGCUCUUCCACUUCCAAUACUACCAUGGUGGAAUCACCUACACGUAUGAUGUUCAGCUUAUCACAUAAAGAAAAACAAUCAGGCAAUACAAAACGGCGAUCGGCUUGUGCUGUCCAGAAGGCGACGAAUUCGACUGCCAACUGAGCUCGCAUUUCUCUUUGUGGAACAACUCUGUGCCUUGGGGAAAUACUUCUGAUCCUUGCUACGGCUACGUAUGGAAUCAAAUUUUUUAUUUAUAUCUAUUUUACCUUCGAUGGGGUGAAAUUCCAACUCAUUUUUCUGUUCCGAUCCUGGGUAAUUCUUUAGUGAACAGAAAAUCAUUUUAGGCUCUUUCAAUUGGCGUGAACCUUUUGCUAAAUGCUUUCGAUCCGUACAAUCUGUACCAACAAUGCUGGACACUACCGUACAACAGUACCACUCCACCGAGCCCUUAUGGAGAAAAAUGGGUAUUUCUCAUUCGAAGUUCAGAUCUGGUCAAUCAGAUACUUUUUCAGACAGGAAUUAAUUACGAUUCGACAGAUCCUUUCGAUGGCUACCCGUGCUAUAUGGAUGACGCCAUGCAGACUUUCUUGAAUAUUCCAGCUGUCAGAACUGCUUUGAACAUUCCAGUUUCAGUGCCAAUGUGGCUUGCAAACAAGUUUUUUUUGAUGUUAGCGAAAAGCUUCAAUUUCUUCAAAUUUUUCAGCAAUAUUAUCAAUGCCUACACUCAGCAAGUCGACUCGAGCGCGCCUUACUUGUCGAGUAUACUCGAUAAGUAUGUUUCGGAAGACGUUCUCAACUUGACCGAUUCUUUUUCAGAGCCCCAGACGGCUUCAAAAUGCUUUUCUACAACGGUGACGUCGACACAAUGUGCAAUUGGCUGGGGGCCGAAUGGUAUACAACGCAACUUUUCGAACAAGCUUUCAAUUUGGACGUUCGUUCCAGUGCGAUUCGAUAUAUAAUCUUCAAAAUAUUUCAGACUGUUCAGCCAAGACGUCCCUGGACUUACCAAGUAGACACUAUUUUUUAUCCGACUAUCGCCGGGUACUCAAAACGGUACUCCAAUAACAUUGACGUCCUAACUGUGAAGGUGAAAAACCGAUGAAAGUUUGAGUAAUGAAGCUUUUUAAGGGAUCUGGACAUUUUGUUCCUCAAGAUAGACCGGCUCAAGGACAGCAAAUGAUUUACAACUGGAUCAAUUCCUUGGACUACAGCACUCCAAUAAACCCACUUCCUCUCACUCCAACUUCCUCACCCGCAACAACUCCGUCAUCCCCCACGACCAAAGUUACAAAUGCUCCGCCAGGCUCCACUGUGAGCGGUCAAACGGCGGCGACGCUCACCACCGCCAUUGGUCCAACUCAAGCACCAGGCUCCUCAAAAGUACAUUUUUUGAAUAUGUCCAAGGAAAUUAAAUCUCGUUUUAGGCGCCGUCCAAUUCAUCGACUCAAGCUCCUGGUUCGAGCUCUCCAAAAACAACAGUUCCUGGAAAUCCUACUACAUAUGUUCCUCCGAGCACUACCAAAUCAGCAAUUCUUAACUUCUAUUUUCUUUCUUUAUUUGUCCCGUUUGUGUUCCUUUUGUUGUAAAUCAGAUGUUUUCAGUCGUUUUUUAUGAGCUUUGUUGGAAAAUAUAAAUAAUUUAUUGAUACAAUCUGUUAAACUUAUUCUUAUUUCUUUGAAAGAAGCAACUCUUCAAAGUCAGAGAAAACAUUUCCUUGACAAAAAGUUCGAACUUCUCAGUCUCAAAAGUCGGUUGGAGAAAUAAAUAAACAUUAACUUUCUUUUGCCGCCAAAUCAGGAAUUCGUCAGGAAUAAAUGAUUUGGGAAAAUCUGAAAAGUUUACAAGCUGAAGAGAGCAAUAAAAUAUUGCUUUUUUGACUCGUUUGAAGCAAAUUCGAUACGGUAAACAAGACAGUAGGAGGAUGACCUGAGCGGCGAAGACCCGCCUCUGCCGCUCGCAAGGCGCGCGGCCACUCUACACGGUGCUUCUCGGCUUCCUAUAACAACAACUCUAAUCCGCUAGCACGUCUUCGUGCCCUCCGAGAUAGGACUUUGUUUAUUUUCGAGCUUCUGUCGACCUCAACUUGCUACGACAGCCCUUUUUUGGGGAGGUGAAGCCAUCCAAUUCGUUUUUUUUUUCUGGGAUGUGGCAGUUUGGAUUAUGAUUUUGUUGCUCUUUCUACUAUUGACCGUUUCGGACGUGUUUGGUCAAUGUGAGAAUAAGGUAAUUUUUAAAUUAAUAUUUUAUAUUUUGCAUUUAAAGUAUACAUUUAUAAAGUAUAUAAACAACAGAUUAUUCUUCCAAUUUUUCGUUCAGAACAAUAAGAAGACUUUUUUUGUGGUCCAUUAGCGAUCCAGCGUCUCGAUCGAGAGGAUACUUAUUCGGAACGAUUCAUGUACCUUACACGGAAGUUUGGAACGAAGGUAACACAAAAAAGUUCAACCGAAUCUCUCAUUUCAUAUUCUUCGAGCACCUGGAUUUCUUUUCAAUUAUUUAUUAUCCGCUAAACCUCGAAGUUUUUUUUAGCGCUAUCAUUUCUCAAAAAAAAAGUAAAGCAGGGCCACCUGCUGGCCUAAAACAUAAACGCCCGAACAAGCUCUUUGUCGAAUUUUUGAGCACCUUUUCGCGCUUUCCGAGGUAAUUACGCGUGAAGGGAACAAUCGAAGACCCAAUCCUACCUGCACCACAAAAAGUCGAAGAGUUUCCUGCAACUCGGGGGAAGAGUCUUAGAAAACGAGUCCUGAUUAAUUGAGGCAAAUCGCGCUGACCACCUGCUAGUGCAAUAAUUAUAGGGAAUCUGCCUAGAGUGAUUUGAAUAGAAAUAGCUUGUAAUUUAUUUGUUUUAGUGAGCGACCGAGUGAGGGAAGCUUUUGCCUAUUCGGAUACUGUACUUCUGGAAGUGGACUUGCGAGAUGAAACCACCGUGAGACGUCUUAUUAGAUGCAAGAAUAUGCGUCGGAAGCAGACAGCAAAAUCAUAUCUUUCGUCUGAUUUUUACAAUAGGAUACAACAAUGUAAAGAUUUUUGUAAUUGGAUCUAUACGAUAUUAAGUUUUUCAGUGAUGAAUGCGUUUCGAAAAAAGUUGAUGCUUUGGGCACAAAAUCAAACUCACUAUGCUGAAGCUCAUCGCAGAGCCAACGAAGUCUUCGAAAGCAUAGCAGGUGAAAAUUUUUUUCAAAUUGCAUAACAUUAAAAGAAGCAAACGUGAAACAUAAAAAAAAAUUGUUUGCUGUACGGUGCAGUGGUAUCAGAGGUAUCGAGUUCAGGUUUGGGUGCCUUGGCGCACAAAGGACUCACAAACAAGCGCGUGAAGAGGCUCUUGAGCUUGUAACGCGGCAAAAUACAAUUCCACGGGCACACAAGGCACAGACAAACCUUUCUGGCACGAAAAACCCAGCGAGGUCACGUGCUCUGACAGAAAAAAAGUGUGCUCUAUGUUUUGAAGCCGGUAUUUGUUCAAUUAAUCAAAGAGUAUUCCAAAUUUUUAUGAGCGAGCGAUUUUUUUGUGAAGUGAUUGCCAUAAAAACUUGGUUGAUUGAUUAACUUGAUUGAUCAAACUUUUAAUUUGUGACUCAAUCUGUAUCCAAUUCGGACAUCUCUCUCGUCAAAUGCUUGAAUAUUGAAAACUCAAAGGUUUUUCUUGCAGUGCACUGGGAUCGUAAGAAGCCGGAAUGGCUACUCUUCCUACUGUAUCAAAUGUGUGAGAACGUCGUGGAGCGGCCGAACUCUCCGAUGUUGGAUCUCUACCUCGCUCAAAAGGCGUUCGACGACGAAAAGAAGAUCCGCGCCAUAGAAACAACCGCCGAACAGUGCAACCCGGUGGUUUCGGUUUCUCAGCAAGAUGUGCGUGUUCUGUUUGCAAACCUCGUCCAGUUGCGCAACCGAUACCAUAUGUCCUCGCCGUGUUUUCGGAUGCGCUUUUCACACCUUCCACUGCGCAAAUAAUAGCAGUUAAUACACGAAGAGUCAAUUAGGUGAAGUGCACAAUCGCAGAAAGGACCAGUAAUGCACCAACACAAUGGCUCCACCACUUGGAGCAGGGUCAUCUGAAAAUUUGAGCGUUCAAGGACUGGUCCUCAGAAAAAUUUAAAAUCCUAUGAUCGAAAUAUUUUACUUGCGCUGCCCUGCUUUCGUGAGAAAAUCAUUUUUGCAAAAAAAAACUACACUGUGAUUCUAUCACUAGGAACAUCAUAGCUUUCUGAUUGCUGGCUUGAAAAAUUAUCAAUUUAUUGGUCUUUACAUGAUGAGCAAAAGUUCGUGUAAAAGAGAAGAUUUUCAGAUUUUCAUGCUAUGACUUAUAACAAACAGCGGGUGAAUAUAACCUUUUUCCUUUAUAUGUUCUUAUGAGUUUAAGUAUUUGCAAAAACUACAUGAAUUUUGAUGAUUAAAAAAAUGAGCCUUCGUGGAAAAAAAAAUAAUUCAUCUGACUUUUACCCCAAAAUUGUUUGAAUAUAUUUAGGACUGAUAAACCUAUUUUUCUGAUCUAUCUGCGUCAUGAAUAGCUUCAAAGUAUGCAAUAUCACUCCGUUUUGAUACCUUCAAAACUCGUGAAAAAGCUUAACAGCGUCAGAAAAUCAAUAUAAUUCAUCAAAAAAAAGUCACUAUUUUCACUCAAAAAUCUCUUUUUUUCUUCUUUUGUUUUAGAAGAAAAAUAAGAAUGUGAAUAAAAAGGCAUUAAAGAGCUUUCAGAUAAUCUUCGCUAUCGAAUAUACGGUGAAGCAUCUGGAGCACAUUUUCGGAGCUCAUCGCAGUCUGCCUUCAAAGAAGGAAAGGUCAAUCACAGAACUCGUGCGCCAUUAUCGCUGCGGAUCAUUGGAAGAAAAAGUUUUCAAUAGCAAUGAAAUCUCAAGGACUGACGUUUCUGCAAGAUUUGAAGAUCGAUUGCGCGCCGAAAUGGUAGAAGCCUUCAAAUGAGCUCAUUCAUAAGAUUGUUUUCAGAUUGACCGACAGUUGAAAGAAGAUAUCAUACUUAGACGCAAUCAUCGCAUGGCUUACAGAUUGGAUCAAAUAUUGCAGGCUGAUUCUCAAAAUGUCGUUUUUUCGGCCAUAGGAACAGGUACAGAAACGGAUAGAAGUUCAGAAUGAAUAAUGAAUCAUUCAGGGCACUUUUUUGGUAAUGACAGUAUUCUUAACUUACUGCGUCAUCAAGGGUAUGUGAUUGAAGAGAUCACGGAAGAUGACAUAAUGUGA